UGAUGUGUGCCAGAGAAAUAUGGAGUCACGAGGUUUGUCACGGGAAAGCUUAUAUUUCGAUUUGUGACUACCUGGAGGCGUUCCUCGAAAAUUGAACUAAACAGAGAGACAACAUAAUCCAAAAGAUCAAGAAGACCUCGCAGACAUUGUCAAACGUUCGCUUGAAUUCGUAGGCAUGGCUUCACCUGUCUUCUCGGCGAGAUCAAGUUUAGUUGUGGUUGUGUUAAUACUGAGUGUGUAUUUGCUUUCAGCCAAAUCCCAGUUCACUGUUUUUGGUAGGAAAGCGGUAGAGCACAAUGUCUCGAUAAAUUUGGAUCGCGCUGUGUUCACUGUGAACGAAAAGUUUCUCUCCGUUGCCAUUGACUCUGGUAUCUUGAGGCAUCACUGGUCACCGUACGUAAACUUUACCUCGGAGAAGCUGUAUACGCUUGCUAAAGGUCUCUCUCCAGCAUUUCUCCGGGUUGGAGGAACUUCAGAAGAUUUCUUAAUCUAUGAUGACUCAAAAGACUUCCAGACGUUCCAAAAUUUUAGCAAUUUUACAAUCUCACAUGCAGAUUUGGACAAGAUACACCUUUUGUCAUCAAAAGCUGACUGGGACGUCAUGUUUGGCUUGAAUGUGUUUUUAAGGGGAAAAGAUGGAUCUUGGAAUGCAAGCAAUGCAAAAGAAAUCAUGCAAUAUGUUGCAGAUCAUGGAUAUCACUUUGGAUGGGAGCUUGGGAAUGAGCCAAACUUGUUUAAGAAAUUUAACAAGUCUAUUUCACCUGAAGAAUUGACAGCAGACUUUACCACACUCAGAGAAAUACUUAAAAGCAAUCCUGAGUUUGGCAACUUUCUUGUUGGUCCUGAUGUAACACGCAUAUUAAAUCACUCAAAAAGUGGCAUCUAUUUGGAGAGGUCCAUUUCCUCAGAGGAACUUGCUGAAGACUUUCACACUUUAAGAGCAAUACUUGAGGGCAGUCCUCAGUUUGGUAACUACUUAGUUGGACCUGACAUGGCAACAGUAACAUCUGAAAAAACAGGAAGCUUUUUGAGGAGCUUUUUUACCCAUGCCAAGGAUGUCAUAGAUGCAGUUACCUGGCAUCAGUAUUAUGUCAAUGGAAGAACAUGCUCUGAGAAAGACUUUUACAAUCCAGAGGUCCUGGAUUACUUUUUGCAUGAAGUGAGUGAAGCCAAUUCGAUACUGGAUGGAAUAAAAUCAGGAUUUUCUCGGUGGCUUGGUGAAACUAGCAGUGCAUAUGGAGGAGGAGCAAGUGGAUUGUCAGACAGAUAUGUGGCUGGAUUUAUGUGGCUAGACAAGCUAGGUCUGGCAGCUCGGUUUAAACAUGAGGUGGUUGUGCGACAGACGUUUGUUAAAGGAAACUACUCUUUAUUAGAUGACGAUCUGGAUCCAAAUCCGGACUACUGGCUCUCUCUUUUACACAAACGUCUUGUUGGAGAGAAGGUGCUGGACGUGAGUGGUCAGACAGAAGAGAAACGAAAGGUUCGAGUGUACGCCCAUUGCUCAAGCAGUCAGUAUCCAUUGGGUUCUGUCACGCUUCUUGCUCUCAAUGUCCUCUUGGAUACGCCAGUCGUCCUGAAACUCAACGGUGAACUUAAAGGAAAAGAUGUCGACGUAUAUCUUCUUACUCCUGAGAACGGCGACCUAUUGACAAAGACCGUCAAGCUUAACGGUAAAGUUCUCAAACUAGUGGAUGACCGCACGCUCCCAGACCUCGCGCCGAAAAGUGUGCCGGGAGACGAACCCCUCAAUCUUCCACCUCUGACCUUUGGCUUUUAUGUCAUUCCAAAAGCCUCUGCGAGUGCUUGUGGUUAAUGGAUUAAUUUAACAGCUUAUGCAGAUACGCAGAAAAAAAAAAGUUAAUAUGCACGACCUGUCAUAUUUCGUCAAAUGCAUUAUUGUGAGCACUGGAGUUAAAA